AUGGCUGUCGCACUUCGAUCGAAUGUUCUUGCUCGGCGAUCGUGCUUAGCUUGGUCUAGCAGUGCCUUGCGGCGCAUGCCGUCUAGUAGGGGCUACUCCAGUCCAGCUUCAAGUAUCGAUGGUACGCUGCCUUUGGCGGGCAUUCGGGUGCUUGAUAUGACCCGAGUUCUAGCAGGUCCUUAUUGUACUCAGAUUCUGGGUGAUCUAGGAGCCGACGUCAUCAAGGUUGAACACCCCGUGCGAGGUGAUGAUACUCGUGCCUGGGGCCCACCUUAUGCCAAAUAUGAAGACGACUCGAGGAAAGGCCCUGGUGAGAGUGCCUACUACCUUGCUGUUAACCGCAACAAAAAGUCCCUUGGACUGUCCUUUCAACACAAGUCUGGCGUCGAGAUUCUCCACAAACUCGUAAAGGAAUGCGAUGUGUUGGUGGAGAACUACCUCCCAGGUGGCCUCGCAAAAUACGGCAUGGACUACGAAACCAUUCACAAGAUCAAUCCCAAGUUGAUCUAUGCCAGUAUUACCGGUUAUGGCCAAACCGGACCCUACAGCAAUCGUGCCGGAUACGACGUCAUGGUGGAAGCUGAGAUGGGAUUAAUGCACAUUACCGGAGCGCGAGACGGUGCCCCGGUUAAAGUCGGUGUAGCAGUCACUGACUUGACGACCGGUCUUUAUACUUCCAAUGCGAUCAUGGCAGCUUUGCUUGCGCGGGUCCGCACAGGAAGAGGCCAGCACAUUGAUGCCUGUUUGAGUGAUUGUCAAGUCGCCACGUUAUCGAACUUGGCUAGUUCUGCCUUGAUCAGUGGACAGAAGGACUCAGGCCGAUGGGGCACAGCACACCCAUCCAUUGUACCAUACCGGAGCUACAAAACCCUUGAUGGAGACAUUCUUUUCGGUGGCGGGAAUGACAGAUUGUUCGGCGUGCUUAGUGAUCGACUUGGAUUCCCAGAAUGGAAGACUGAUGCGCGCUUUGUGACGAACAGCGAUCGCGUCAAGCAUCGAGCGGAUAUUGAUGGGUUGAUCGAGACCACGACACAACAGAAGACCACGCAGGAAUGGCUGGAGAUAUUCGAGGGCAGUGGAAUGCCUUAUGCGGCUGUCAAUGAUAUUCAGGGCACAUUGAACCACAAGCACGUUCUGGCCCGAAAUAUGGUCACUGAAGUCGAACACUCAGCCUGUGGCCCCAUCAAGCUGGUCAAUACUCCCAUCAAGUACUCCGAAGCUACUCCCGGCAUACGCUCCCCUCCACCUACACUCGGCCAACACACCGAUGAGAUCCUUGGUAGUGUUCUUGAAUAUGGCGAGGCGGAUAUUGCUAAAUUAAAAGAACAGGGUGUGAUCUCUUGA